AUGUCCAAAAAGAAACCAGGAACCCAGCUAGCGGCUCUUCUCGAUGGUAUUGUUUCAAAGCCUCCAAAGAAGUUUUCGGCCCACCUCAUUUCUGAUGUCCACGCUGCGGUGUCGUCUGCGCAAGACAUCGAUGAUUUGUUAGCAUCUGGCUACUUUGAAACAGUAGCGUGGAAGUUUUUCCAUGCUGAUAUCACCAACAAUCACCUAGAGCUAGUGCUUUUGAUGGUGUUUUACGAGUAUGAAGUCUUGCGGACAGACCAUUGUUUUCGUUGUAUGGUGAAGGACGCUUCCAAAUUGCAAGAUCUUGUCUUGCGAUCUUUGCAAAGUACGCUAGUCCAUGCAGAAGAGCAGUCGGGCCUCGAAGCGGCGGCCUUCUUGUUUUUGAGCGUCCUUGUUCGUUUCGACCAGACGGUUCUCACUCGGUGCAAAUUGUACGAAAAGUGGAUAUCGUCUGUUCCAGAAAGGCUUUUCGACAAGUUUUUAAACGGCGACACGGACGAAUUGAGCAUCUUGGAGUACUUUCUCUACUUUGCAAUUUACGGCUCUCUACAUGUGGGCGACAUCCGCAUAAAAUUCCAUCUGCUUCGGUUUUCAUGCUGUUUGGCAGAUGUGGAUCUAGAUUCGUAUACGCGAGCUUCCAAGUUGAGCGAGUUUCUAUCUACUGUCCUCUAUGGUUCGGAAGAUGGGCAAUUCUUCCCGAAAUGUCAGCUCACUCUAAAAAACCUAGCAUUGUCCAGUUUAGAUAGCGUUAUUUACGCCCCUUCGAAGUACGAUGUGGAUCGAGAAAAUUUCGUGGAAACACUUCUGCAGAUGAACGUCGAUGUGCUUCAUAACGCGGCUUCAGCAUUGGGAUACACUGGAAAGGCAAAUUCUGUAGCGUUUUUGUCCCUGGUCAUUGCAGACAUUGUUUUGGGAAGGAUGUCUGACUUGUCACUGUUCAAAUUUACGGAGACCGAAGUUUUCGAUUAUUUUGAGCAAGAUAAUGUUUGCAAACUCAGUCCGCCUCUCUCUCUUCCCCAAAACUCUUCAGUUGAAGGGCAUCUCAACAAAAUCAAGACAGAUUGCAAAUUGGAAAUGGCCAAAAAGAUAAAUACGCAUUUGGUGAAUUGCCUAGAGCGACUUACCAUCACAGAUCCAGCCAAUGAAAACGGAAUUCGGGGCACAAGCAAAUAUUUCUCCAAGAUAUCGGGCAUAUCUGUUGCUGGUGUAACUGCCAACUUGAAAAUCAAACCACAGUGGUCUUCGGAUGUCAAGUAUGGCGAUCGACUAAUGCUACUAGAGAUGCAAAAACCAAACAAGUACGAUGCCCAUACGCGAAUGAAAAAGUACGGUAUUUUCACGGCAAGAAUUUCCCGGGUCAUCUCUGCUGAUGAGGGACUUUGUGUGGAAUGGAAAUAUCCUGGAUUUGAGACGAGAUUCAACGCGGUUAUUCGGCUUACAGAAGACUUUUCUGCUAUAGAAGCGUUCGAUGAGGUUUCUCACGAGGCACAUGGGGCAUGCCAGCUUCUAAUGGAAAAGGAAGAGGACUUGAACACUACUUUUACAAUGGAUUGCGUGCUGGCAGAAAUUCUUCAAAAAGUGACAGGUGAGAAACGCACAGCAGAUGAGGCAUUUGAACAUCGUGGGAGCAAAAUAACUCUCCAAAACAGUAAAGUAAAGGGCAAUGCGUGCCUCAAUGAGCAACAAACCGAAAUUCUUCUUCAUAUGCUCACGCAGAAACGUAUUUUAGUAUCUGGGAAGCCCAACUCAGGAUUUCUUGAGGUUCUUAGUCUGUUUCUUCAGGUACUCUCGGACAAUUGGCCCCAGGAAAAAUGCCUUAUCGUCGUUCCAAAUAGGGCAGCGCUUCGACUUGUUGAUUCCCGAGUUGCCAGGUUUCGUGAUGGGGCAGAAAUCGCUCGCAUUGAAGAGAAAAAGACGCUGCUCCUUGCGCAAGUCGGCAGUAUAUCCCAGCUUCUCGGCUUGGAAGAGUAUGAUUUCACCAGCAGCAUCAGAAAUGCUCUUAUGCUCUACCAUUGUCAUGUAGAGCCGCGAUGGAAGGAUUUUUUGGGACAACUUACCAAAUCCAAAGACUCCAUUGCCCGGUAUCCUUUCAAGAAAAUGGAAUUUGGCGAUGAAACUGUGGAACAGAUGCUUUUGCAAGUGGUUGAACACUACGCUUCUGUUAAGCGGAUCUUUGCUGAGUUGCAAGAAAUGGAACCUCUUUUCUUAGUGGACAUGCAAAGCCAGAAGAACGACAUACACUUGUAUUUGGCGAAGAGGGCGAAAUACGUCGCAGCUUCAGUUACUGACGUGGCGGCAUUGAAAGAGAAGUUUGAAAAUGUGGUGCUUUUCGGAGCCCAGCCCACAUCGGUUGUUCCCAUCUUGCGCUCUAACCCACAUCGGCUCUGUAUUUUCGGCGCUCCCUUUCUCCCUACCCUGGAAGUGAAAGCGCUCUCUACUAUAGUUGGCGUUCGGCCCGAAAUCGCCCGUUUUUAUACGUCUUCAGAGGUGAUUGUUCCCGAGCAAAAAUAUAAUCCAGGAAUCAAGUACAACAUUCAGAACGUUCACGUUCCCGAGGCGCAGAUGCAAGUGAAUGUUGAAGAAGCAAAAUACUGCGUCUAUCUUUUCCAGUACAUGCGGCUUCUUGGAUAUCCGCACCACAAGAUUCUGAUUUGCGUCCACUCGCCAUAUAUGAUGCGCAUGAUUGAGGAGAUUUUGGAAGAACAGAAAAUCGCACCUGAAGACUUGCCGUGCGACGAAAAAACAUGUUUCCGUUUUGGGUGGCCGCUCUUGCAGUCGUUGCAAACGGCUUUUCCUGCUGACUAUGUAAUUGUUUCCACGCAUGGCGCACCGUCCUUCCGCGAAUGGAAAAACGCAUUCGAAGCUGCCAGACUCGGCUUCUACACCGUUGGAUCUUCCGCAUGGGGCAAAGUGAAGUCGGGCCCGUUCGAGCUAUACACAGGCGGGUCUUACUUGAGAGGAACGGACGACCGAAAAAAGGCCCAGAGCUACGUCAUGGAGAAUGCUCAACAUAUGGGAGAGUAUAUUUCCCAAAUGACUGAUGCACGGUGUGCAUAUACAUAG